AUGGAAAAUGUCAUUUUCCACCCUAUUUUCCUCUCCUUAUUUUCCAUCCUCCCAGUUUUCACCCAACCAAACAUACCCUUGAAGAUUACAAAUGAAGCUUUGAAGUGUGCUAAUGCUUCUCUUGCCACUUUUGGAAAUCUAAUAGAAGAGGCGAAACUCCUGGCUAUCACCCACCCACUCACUCUCCCUCAUCAGUCAAACGCCUCUACAGACGGACACUCUCGCUCACCCUCACUCACCCUCUCCUUCUCUGACUCUCUCAGCGUCACCGUCGCCGACGCCGGCCCCAACCCAGUCACCCUCUCUUUCAGUCACCCACCCAUUCACUCUCCCUCAUCAGUCAAACGCCUCACUCACCCUCUCAGCAAACCAACACUCUCACUCACCCUCUCCUCCUCUCACUCUCUCAGCGUCACCGUCGCCGACGCCGGCCCCAACCCACUCACCCUCUCAGCCUCACCGACCCAGUCUCAAUCACUCUCUCGCUCACCUACGCGUAUGGCUGCUGCAAAUGCUGGACAGAUUAACCAUGCGCAGCCUGGCCCCAUUGACACGUCAGUGUUGACGUUGCAGCCCAACCAUCAAUCAGAAGCCAUUUGGAAUGGGCAGGAUCCAGGGUCCCUUAAAUGUCGUGCCCGUAGUGAAGAGUUCUCGAAUCGAGAGCCAAUGGUGGACGAUCGAGUCAUUGACAUCAUUAAGGCACUUGGUUUGGAGGGACUUCUCAGGACUCCGGGUAGAGAGAUUGAUCAUGGCCUGAUAACGGCCUUAGUGGAGCGAUGGCGGCCCGAGACUCACACAUUCCACAUGCCGCAUGGUGAGGUCACCAUCACACUGCAGGAUGUGGAGGUUCUUCUUGGACUUCCUGUUGAUGGUGACGCUGUAACAGGGAGCACACAAAAAGAAUGGGAGAAUGUGUGUGAUGAGUACCUUGGCUUUCGACCUACCAAUGAAGACCAUCUGGAACGUGCUGGCCAAAGGAUUCUCAUCAAACGGCUUUUGGAGCAAGUUGCCCAUCCACUGCCGCCUAAUGCUGAAGACGAUGAAGUGCAUAGGUACGCACGAUGCUACAUCCUAGCGCUAUUGGGGGACACAAUCUUCAUGGACAAAUCCGGUGAUAGGGUGCAUCUAAUGUGGGUGCAGCAGUUGGAAGACCUUCGCAACCCACGAAGGUAUAGUUGGGGAAGUGCUUGCCUUGCAUGGUUGUACCGACAGUUAUGCAGGGCAAGCGAUAAGAAAGCUAGUCAGAUUGGUGGGUGUUUAUUGUUGGUCCAGUAUUGGGCGUGGGCCAGAUUCCCCUAUUUGUGCCCGGCAGUUGAGCGUGGCCCACCAGUGGGUGCUUAUGGUCCUCCAGUGCGUGGUCCACUGUCCCUUAAGUGGGUGUGGGUCCCAAACAAGAAAAAUAGGCCCGCCCAGGUCUUCAGGGACAGGUAUCGGGAGCAAAUAGCUUUAAUGUUGCCAAACCAGGUGGUGUGGCAGCCGUAUGAAGAUGAAUACGAGAACCUUCCGCCGUGGUGCGUUGCAGGGAGGGCAGUGUGGACGGCAAUCGUGCCGCUUGUAUGUUUCCAUCUAGUAGAGAAACAUACACCGGAUCGUGUCGUUCGGCAAUUUGGGAUGAUCCAAGAAAUUCCCCGCCAUGUUAACACGGACCCGGUGCUUCAUGCAAUUGAUUUGAGGGGGAAGAUGGGUGUUGAUUGGAUGCGGAGACAUGCUAUGCAUCUCACGGACUGGGGUCAUCGCCUUCAACGGCGUUGUCAAGCAGUGCUUGGUGAUAUGCCUCUACAGCACGAGUACUUCGAUUGGUUCACAAGGAUAACUCGAAGGUUUAUCGAUAUCCCUGGUGCUAGAUUCAUUCUAAUGAUUGAAGGAUAUGUCCGUAUGAUGCGCCGUCACCCAGUGGGCACGGAGGAGCACAAUGACAUUAUUAAUGUGCUGGAGGCAGUGCAUGAGAUUGGCCGUGUACGAUCUCGAGAACCUGAGGCCCCGAACGAGGAGGCAGCUACUCCUGCGGCAGCGCCUACUCAGAGGCCAAGCACUACUGAGAGCCCAAGCACGAGCACAGCUCCUGCCGGACGUUGCUCUCGUCCACCUGUUGCUACCCCUCAGGUUGUCCCUACCCUCGAUCCCUCUCCAUCCACCGCACAUCCAUCCCUUAGCCCCACCAUCCCUUCACCCACCCCACAUCCAUCCGUUAGCCCCACCAUCCCUUCACCCACCUCACAUCCAUCCCCUACCCCUACCAUCCCUUUAGGCACUCCACAUGAGUCCCCUAGUCCCACCAUCCCUCCACCCACCCCACAUGAGUCCCCUAGUCCCACCAUCCCUCCACCCACCCCACAUGCCUGUCCUGGGUCUGACAUGCGUCCACCCACCCCACGGUCAUUUCCUGAGCUAUCACCUAUUCCAUCAUUUGACCUGGGUCUUGAUCAAACCCCUCCUGACUUGCAACAGGACCCACCUUCCCACAGUACAUCCAUUGGCCCACCCCAUGUUCAGCCUGAGCAGCCUGUUGGGGGGGCACAAACAUGGACACAACGCUAG